AUGAAUAACCAUGAACAUGGGAAGAGAUCCGAUUCUACGGAUGAGUACAAAUGGGUUCAGGCAGAAAUGGGCGAAACGAGUAACACAACGAAAAAUAUCUGCUUCGCUUCCGUGUUGAAGGAGACACAGGAGGACGUGUGCAUAUCUAACCGAACGACGGAAAAUGAGAACGACAAAGAGGAACUGGCGGGUGAGUACUUUUCCUCAUCGGAUGGGUCCGCAAGGGAGUAUUACGUAGGGGCAGAUGAAAGGGGUACCGACCUUAUCACGUGCAGUCCCAACAGGCAGGACAACCCCGCCGUGUCGAACAACCCCGCCGUUUCGAACAACCCUGCCCUGUCACACAACCUAGUUGCUCCCCACGGGGAACAAAAAAACAGUGGAGGGGUCAAAAUAUGCAUCAGCAGCGUAGGGGGAAUGGGUGGAGAGUCCUUCCCGAAUGGCCCCGAGGGGGAGAGCUCCCCGCAGUGUUACGACGAGAGGAUGCUGUCCCCGGUUUAUAAGAGUGAGGGAAACCACGCCACGAAGGGGGUCACGAAGGGGACCGUGAAGGACACCACUAAGAGCAUCACUAAGGAAUGCUCAGCGAACGACGCCAAAAUGAACGCAGUCAACGAACUCAUGCGAAACAUAAGACAGUUCAACCACUCCAUGCAAUCCAUCUCGUCCACCAGUGAUACGCUGUUCCAACAGAAUCUGUCAAAAAUGUAUUCAGAACUUGCAUCUACUAAAAAUUUAGAAUCGCUCAAUGGGUUCUAUGAAGAUGUUCCCGUUAUCGGAUCUACAGCAAAGGUGGCACAACAGCAAAACACGCAUGACUCACCACCGGGGAAAGAAGCAGACAGUGGUGCAAACAUUUACAACGGUACCUACACCGAUUGGAAGAACCAAAAUAACUGCACUGACGAGAGGGUAGGACAAGACACACUGAACGAGAUGGAAGAGGAAGGGAAAGAACAAGGUGACAGACACAUGCAGGGGAAGAAGUACUCCCUUAGUGAGAUUAGUCCUUUACAUUUGUCAAAGAAGGACUCCAACGGUAUUUCUUCCAAUCAGUGGGAACAAAUGAAAAGGAGCUUCUGCGACAUAGAGAAUAAUUUGAUGCAUCUGAGUAGGGCCAGUAUGGGUUCUACUGUGGUGGGUUCUGCGAUGAUGGAAACGGUCGGGUUAGAGGCAGAUGGGGCGUACCGGUCCUGCGUCGGAGGGACUAGCUCCCCCACCACCCCGAACCUCUCCUACGCAACACUCGACAUGGAAAAAUGGAACUCCUCCAGUGAGUUCUUUCCCACCAUGGAUUAUACGGUUGUUCAGUCGAGGCAUAUAAACUUGGACGUUGCCGGUUCGCCCAGGGUGAUCCCCCCAAGUGGUACAUCCCCCAAGGCGGUUUCGCUAAGCAGCGCCACCCCGGCAGUGAUCCCCCCGAGUGUGACUUCCCCUGGAGUGAUUCCCCCAAGUUUAGCUUCUCCUGGAGUGCCCCCCCUAAAUGUGACCUCACCCAGAGCGAAGCUGACCAAACUGAACCUCGGGAAGGCCAACAACCUGCAGAGUCAUGCGUUCGCCAAGGAGGAGGAGGAAGCAGCUAAAAUGGAAACCACCAAGGUGGAAGCAGUCAAGGUGGAGUGUGGAAAAAACCAGCAUGCGAUGCCCAAAAGCAAAUCCCCCAGAAACGUCGCCAGGGGCACGUCCAACAAAACCAUAGUGAGUGCACCAAAAAUUGUAAAGCUAAAAAGUAAAGUGCCAAACGAGACGGCGAAGACCCCCAAGAUGAUGAAGCGGAACAGUGAAGGGUGCGGAAGUUCCGGUGGGGUAAAACCAGAGGGAAAAGCUAGCACAACUCCGACCACCGCAGUUAUUAGUAGCAGCACUUCCGCCGUCACGUCUGCAAAUCAGGGGGCUCCUUCCAAUGUACUCCACCCGAAUGGUGCAUCUCCAACACACCAAACCGUCCCCACGUGUGUAACAAGACAGACUAAUAAAAAUGAAAAAACAGGUUCUACAGAAAAAGACGUAACGUAUAACAUGAACGUGGUUAUUAGAUGCAGACCCAUGAGUGCUAGCGAAAAAAACGAAGGCGCAAAAAAUGUAAUAAAAAUUCUGGACAACAAAAUGAUAGUACUUCUAGAUCCUUCAGAUAACUCAGAUAAUGUAUUGAGACAAAAUAGAAGCCGAGAAAAAAAGUAUGUCUUCGAUUACGUGUUCGAUGAGACUAGUUCUCAAGAAGAUGUAUACAAAAACAGCGUUAAGUGUUUAAUAGAUGCAGUGAUCGCAGGGUAUAAUUCCACAGUUUUCGCUUAUGGAGCUACAGGAGCAGGAAAAACACACACAAUUAUAGGACACAAAAAUGAGCCCGGAAUCAUGAAUAUGAUUUUGAGAGACUUAUUUGACAGAAUCAAAAAGAUGGAAGUCAUGAAUGAGUACAAAGUGAAGUGCUCCUUUAUUGAGAUUUAUAAUGAGAAUAUAUGUGAUCUCCUGAACCCGUCUGAUGAGUACCUAGAUGUGAGAGAAGAUCCCAUUAAAGGAGUUACCGUGUCGAACAUUUUCGAGGUCUGUACUACAUCUGUGGAGGAAAUUAUGGAACUAAUACAUACAGGCAACAAGAAUAGAACCCAAGAACCCACAGAUGCAAACAAAACAAGCUCUAGAAGCCAUGGAGUCUUACAAGUAAUCGUAGAAGAAACAGAAAAAGGGCAGGGAAUCUACCAACAAACGAAAAGGGGAAAGUUAUGUGUCAUAGAUUUAGCAGGAAGUGAAAGAGCAAGUCAAACAAACAACAAAGGAAUGAGACUCUUAGAAGGAGCUAAUAUUAAUAGAUCACUUCUAGCCUUAGGGAAUGUAAUAAAUGCUCUAGUGUCCAGAAGUAAGGGAACAAGCAAAUCUAAUUUUAUACCCUUUAGGGAUAGUAAGCUCACUCGUUUAUUAAAGGAUUCCCUAGGAGGAAAUUGCAAAACGGUAAUGAUAGCUAAUGUAAGUCCUUCCCAUCUUUCCUACGAAGACACACACAACACCCUCAAAUAUGCCAACAGAGCGAAAAACAUAAAAAAUAUCGUGACGUCUAACGUGGUGGUGGUGAAGCAACACCUCACCAUGUAUAUCGAUGUGAUUGAAAAGCUAAAAGGAGAAAUCGAAUUUUUAAAAGAACAACUACAGGAGAAGGGGAAGAUGAACGACUACAUGAGUUCCACCUCCACCAACUUCGACUACUACGAUCAGCUCAAGGAGUACGAGCGAAACUGCUCCAGGGAAGAGCUCCUUAACAUUAUCUGUGCGUUGAAGCGUGAGAACCAGCGCCUCCGCAUGGGUGACGCGGCAGCAGCGGGAGAUGCAGCCAACAUGGCAGAUGCAGCUGACGUGGCAGAUGCAACCGACUUGGCAGAUGUAACCGACUUGGCAGAUGUAGGUCAUGCGAAUGACACGAUCGGCGCAGCAGGACGACUGCAGGCACAGCACGAGGAAGAAAUCACAAAACAGCAACAGGAGAUCAGUGACUUAAGAGCCGUCAACGAGAAGCUAUUCGUCGACAAUAAGAAGUUUCACGAAAAGCUGCAAGAGUACAUGCAAAUUUCCCACAACCUGCGCGUACUCAAUGAGGAGUACAAGCGACAAAUAGACGGGUUCAAGACUAUGAUGCAUAGCAACGACGCCAACCACGUCCAGAUAAAGAAGAAGCUCGAUGACCUGCGCAAGAAAUAUGAACAGCUCAAGGAAAGCACGGAGGAUAAAGAAAACGACGAUGUGUUCGACAAAUGGAAAAAGGAACUAACCAAAGUGUUGGACGAAAGGAAAAAGAUAAAGUCAGUGAUCCUAAGUGUCGAGAGGAGACUCAUCACGAACAAGGAAGUUGGGGCGGGUACCUUUUCCGAGGCGGACCUCCGCGGGCUGUACCAGAAGAAAAGCAAAAUGGACGAGGAACUGCAGCGGAACAUCCUGCAGACGAACGAGUUGCUAAAGGAGCUGCCCCUCCAGAUAAAGGACGAAAAGACGAAAAACUUCCUCUUCUUAUUUUACACGAACAAGGUGCUGCUGCAGGAGAAGGAGGAGCUCCAGGAAUUCUUCGAGCUCUCAUCAACCAUCAUUAGCCAAAAGGAGAAACAAAUUAGCAGUCUCAAGGACCAGUUAAAAAUGACUGACGCGUGUCCCCCGCUGAAGAUGUGA